AUGCUUUUGAGGACUUUAAACAGCGCGAAACGAGUUCCAUUUCGCCGCUAUCUAGCGUCAUAUAGUCCUAAUACUCAAGUUGAAAUAAAGACAUUGGAGGAUCUUGCGAAACUCAAAUCAUUGGAUGAUGUGGAUCCAAAAUUGAUUAGCAAACUAAUAAACCAGAAGACGAACGAAUUGAAUGUCAAAAAUGAGCUUCAAAUGCUAAAGAGGUUGCAACAGGAAGAACAAAAGACGCAAGAAACUCCACUCAAGAAAUUUGUAAGACCGGCAUGGUUGUUCCUUCUAAUGGGUUCCAUAGUGUACCUUUCUGGUCAUUACUUGUGGUGGAAACUAGAUUAUGAAGAGAAGGAACUAGAGUACAUUCAUCAGGUUAAGGAAUUAGAAUCUGAACUUAAUUCACUACGGGAAGCACAUCAGUCUUCUGUUAGUAAUGGCUUACCUUCAGGGAAUAAGCAAAAUGCUAAAAGAUGGUACAAGUUCUGGUGA